AUGCACGGGAUUGCACCUACGGCAAGCACAGGUGCAACGAAUGCGGCCAGUUUGGCCAUCGGGAAGGCUACUGUUCCAGCGCCAGAGCAUUUCUGCAACCAGGUCAGCAGUUCUCCGUCAAACAUCGACGCCCUCAAGCAAGUUUUUCCCUCGACAUUCUCCAACGCACCGGGGUUGUGCACGAAAGCGAAGGUCCGGUUCAGCCUGAAGGAAGGGCAGACUCCUGUGUUCCGCCCAAAACGGCCAGUCGCCUACGCAAUGUACGACACGGUGAAUCAAGAGCUGGAUCGACUGGAACAAGCAAACAUCAUCACACCAGUUGAGUACUCCGAGUGGGCUGCACCGAUAGUUGUGGUCCGGAAGGCGAGUGGUGCCAUACGAAUCUGCGGUGACUAUUCCACCGGGCUGAACGACGCUCUCCAACCGCAUCAAUAUCCGCUUCCUUUCCCACAGGACAUCUUUGCAAAGCUGGCCAAUUUCAAAAUUUUCAGCCUAAUAGACCUGUCAGACACCUACCUGCAAGAAAUGGAUAAAGCCUCAAGAGAUCUGCUAACAGUAAACACGCAUCGGGGCUUGUACCGCUACAACCGAUUGCCGCCAGGAGUGAAAGCCGAGGUGAAAGCAGCACCUGGAGCGUUUCAACAACUGGGGGACACCAUACUGAUCGGACUCAAGCAUACCUCAGGUUACAUCGAUGACGUGAUUGUAGGAGGAGUGGAUGAAGCGGAUCACCUACGAAACCUGCAAGCAGUUCUUCAGCGCAUUCAAUAA